AUGUCCAAGACAGUCGCCUUCCUCGGCGCCUCCUCCGGCGUCGGCCUCGCCACCCUCCGCGCAACCCUCGCCGCAGGCCACCGCGCCAACGCCCUUUGCCGCACCCCCGCCAACCUCACAGCCCAUCUACCCCUCGACGCGCACCCAAACCUCCGCAUCGUCGCCGGCAACGCGCACGACGCCGCCGCCGUAGCGCAAAUCCUCCGAAAAGACGCCACGCACCUCGUCGACACAAUCAUCUUCACCAUCGGCGCCCGCAUGAAGGGCCUCUCCUUCGAGGACCCCCACGUCUGCGAAAACGGCAUCAAGGCCCUGCUCGACGCCCUGACGCGCCUGCGUGCCGACGGCCUCGACGGCCGCCCGCGCAUAGUCGUCUGUAGCACCACCGGCAUCUCGCGCCACGGCCGCGACGUGCCCCUGCUUAUGGUGCCGCUGUAUCGCCUGACCCUCGCCGUGCCCCAUGUCGACAAGCGGGCCAUGGAGGUGCUGCUCGAGGGCAGCGGCGAGGACUUUACUGUGGUGCGGUGCAGCCUAUUUGUGGGCGCCGCGUCCGAUGCGACGAUUCGCGUCGGCGUCGAGGAUCCUGUUGCUGGCACCGAGUCGACGGCUAUUGGGUACACCAUCUCGCGCGAUGAUGCCGGCAGGUGGUUUGCUGAGAACCUGGUGAAGCAGGACGGCGCUAAGUUCCUCAACAAGAUUGCGACCAUCACAUACUGA